UUUUGUUUGGAGGGAGUUACUUUGAGUUGAUUUUUGUCAUUGUCACUUCUAAUUUUGCUCUCCAGGCCCCCACAUGGGCCCAUUUUUAAAAGGUCAAACAAUAAAAGAAUAAAUAUUUUGCAUGCACCAUUUAUAGCACUUCUGUUGCGUUCAGUGAAUUUUUUUGUGACAAGUUCAUAGUGAAAAAAUUAUUAAACAGAGUAAACAAAUACCCAUGGAAUCAGAAACAAACCUUUUCUUUGUGACCAUUCCAGGAAAGUAUGCUUUUAUCUGUGUGUCUAGAUAUCAGUAAAGCACUUAAUCACUAUAGUAGACAGGUGUGUGUCCAUGUGUUUUAGAAAUUAGGUGGACUUUAGCUACAGUGUUCCCUGUGUGUAUUUUCUUGUAUAGUCUGUAGAAUUGAUAAGGCUCAGUUUUCGCUGUAUGAUAUUGCCAGUGACUUUCCUGUUAUCUUUAUCUUUGUAAGAGCUCUCCCUUGGUUUACACAAAGAAAUGUUUCCCCUUCACCUGAUCUCUAUUUUUAGUUAUUUUCCCAAUCCUCAGCUUCCUAGCAACUAAUUGUAUUUCCACCCUCUUCUGGUUUAAUGAUAUAAUUGCUCUUCUCUUUACAGAAUCUCAGUGAAGCCAGCCCCUGGAAGGCCACUUGGGGACAGAAGCUCACACCUGGUCAUUCCAGGUGACUUAAAAAAACAAAACAGUGGGACCCAAUAAAGUGAAAGCUGAUGCUCCAGCAUUUGAAUCUGCUAUCAUUGGUGAUUUCCCUCUGAGCAUCGGGGAAAUCAGUAUGCUAGGGGGGAGCUCUCAGUAUAAAUGUGCGUAUGAUUUAGCUAUCAUUACCUGUUGACAAUAUUCUUUUGGUUGAACAGGUAGGAGAUUAUGUACUGGUAUAAUAUGCUUUCUUUACGCCUGUGAUUUCAACUUGCUGUAUAAAUGUUUUCCUGUUGAUCAUACUGGAUGCACAGUAGAGCUUUCGUUUAACCCUUCACAUUUAUUUUCCAGAGCUAAUCUAUGAUGUCUGCAGUACAAUGUUUUGUUUUAAUAUCAUAGUCUAGUGGUGUAAGUCACUAUUUGAUUGUAUGGAUCAAAUGAAUACAUGUUUUUCAGUAUUUAUGACAGCUUCUAUUUUACAACUGCACCAGACAGCUCUCCAUCUCCUCACAUGCUUGAGUUCUAUAUAAUUCAUGUACAGUACCAAUGAUUUUUGUUCUCUGUCCUAGAGCUGUUCCACUCUACAAUAUGCCUACACAACUGGAGAAUGCUAUGGACACCUUGAUCAAGAUUUUUCACCAUUAUUCAGGCAAAGAAGGGGACAAAUACAAACUGAAUAAAGGAGAACUCAAACAGCUCCUUACCAGUGAACUCACUGACUUCCUUUCAUGCCAAAAGGAUCCCCAGCUGGUUGAUAAGAUCAUGAAAGAUCUGGAUACCAAUAAAGACAAUGAAGUGGAUUUUAAUGAAUUUGUCAUUCUGGUUGCUGCUUUAACUGUAGCAUGCAAUGACUUCUUUGAGGAACAGCUAAAGCAAAAGGAAAUUGGAAAUGAUAAGUAAAUGAACCACUCAGACACAAAUGUAACUGAAUCAUGCUUAGUUAGCACUCAUCAGCAUUUUGUGACUACAAACUAUGUCGUAUUAAUGUUAUUAAAUCGUAAGGACCAAGUCGUCAGUUGGUGUAAAGCAGCAGGUCUCUGCUGACUUCAGUGGGCCCAUAUUGAUUUUCACCACCUGAGAAUUUGGCCCUAAGUAUCUUCCAAGAUUUUUUGCUUUUACAUCAUGCAUUUGUCACUUCCCUGAGGCAAGAGCUCCAGAAGAUAGUUCACUUGACUGAGUUUCUGAGUUUUCACCCUCCUACUUGUAUUCACCCCUUUUUCAUCUACCCUGUCCCACAUCUAGCAUGCUGCCCCCUCCACUGGCAUGCAUUCCUCUGGAAACUACAGUUUGCUGUCUGACUUUUAGAGCUGAUUCAAAUUUUUCAAACACAAAAUUUUCCUGAUGAAAAAUGGGUUAUUUUUUAAAUAAAAUUUAAAAAAUUUUUUAGGCGGUGGUGGGAAUUUCAUUUGACACAAUUUUUGAAUGGGAAAAUUUGAAAUGAAAUGUAAUGAAAACUUUCAUUGAGUUUUGAACUGAAUUUUUAAUUUAAUUUUGAAGUGUCCUGUUGAAAACUCUAACUUUUUGGCAGGCAAAAAAGGAUGAUUUUUUUGGACCAGUUCUGCUCAGUUUGGGCCACCUUCUUCUCUGUUUUCAUUUCUCAAGUCUUCCUUUCACUCGCACUGAUAGGCUGCAAUCAUGCCUUCCUCCCAUCCAUUUGGACAGAAUGCAUGGCUUCCUUCAGCUUCCCAACCUUGCCCAGCUUCACUUCUAUUGUGUUCUGCCGCUCUGUUCAACCCCUUCUCUCAGCAUAAAAGAGUUCAUGCAGAGGAUAAAUUAUUUAAAUAAAUGAGUAGAAGACUUUUUGUCAGCUGAUUGCUUAUAGGAGGCCAGGGGAGAUGUAAAUGAGGCCAUGUGAUUCUGUUUUCUUUGUGUUGCAUCAUUAAAUGGGAGGAGUCUUUGGAGGCCUGCUGCAGGAGUUGUGGUGGGAGGAUCUUGCCAGGGGGUGGAGACUCUCUGUUUUUCCCUCCACAGUGACUUUAUAUUUGCUUUUUCUUCCUUCAUUGUUUUCCUUAGUCUACAAU